UUUCAUCGCUCUAAAAAAGAAAAACCCAGUACAAGAGCCAAGAGGGAAUCCAAAUUCAACUCAACGCUUCUUGUACACGCCGUUUUCUGUUCAUUUUCGUUUCUCUUGCCCAUACCAACCAAGACCCAAUACAAAAUCAAACUCAAGUUUGAAGGCUCAACCGAUCUCCCUCUCUCUCUCUCUCUCUCUCUCUCUUUUGUAGCUUCCUGUGAUCUUCUUGUUCUUCUUCUAUAAACCUUGAUUCUCUCUCUCUCUCUCUCUGUUAGAAAAUUCACUUUGUUAAAGCCCUAAUACUUGAUUCGGAUCUUGGAUUGGAAUCGGUUCUGGGGUUAUUGGGCCGCGAUGAAUUCGCGGGAAGAUGUAAUUACUGCGGUGCUUUUGGGUUUGUUGCUGACUUUGAGGCUGGUUUCUGCUGGGGAUAUAGUUCAUCAGGACACUGUCGCACCUGCGCGCCCUGGUUGUGAGAAUAAUUUCGUUCUGGUGAAAGUCCCUACUUGGGUUAAUGGUGCAGCGGCCAUUGAAUAUGUUGGUGUUGGUGCUCGAUUUGGCCCGACCUUGGAAUCAAAGGAAAAACAUGCUACUCAUACUAGAGUUGCUCUGGCAGAUCCUCCUGAUUGUUGUAGUAUGCCUAAGAAUAAGCUGACUGGGGAGGUGAUUUUGGUACGACGUGGAAACUGUAGUUUCACAAAGAAGGCAAAUAUUGCAGAAAAUGCUAAUGCUUCAGCCAUCCUCAUCAUUAAUAACAGUAAAGAACUUUUCAAGAUGGUCUGUGAGGAGAAUGAAACUGAUGUAACCAUAGGCAUACCUGCUGUCAUGCUCCCUCAAGAUGCUGGUGAUAGUAUUGAGAGAAAUUUGAAGAACCACAUCUCAGUAUCUGUGCAACUUUAUUCCCCACUUCGACCAGUAGUAGACGUCGCUGAAGUAUUUUUGUGGCUUAUGGCUGUUGGUACUGUCUUAGUGGCUUCUUAUUGGUCUGCAUGGACUGCACGAGAAGCAGCUAUCGAGCAUGAUAAGCUGUUGAAGGAUGGUUCAGAUGAGUUGCUGCAGACGGAAGCCACUGGUUCCAGUGGUUACAUAGAUAUUAACACUACAGCUGCAAUUCUCUUUGUCGUGAUCGCUUCAUGUUUCUUGGUUAUGCUCUACAAAUUAAUGUCUUCCUGGUUUCUUGAAGUUCUCGUGGUUCUAUUUUGCAUCGGCGGUGCAGAGGGACUGCAAACUUGCUUGGUGGCUUUGUUGUCAUGUUUCAGAUGGUUUGAACAUGCUGCUGAGUCAUAUAUCAAAGUACCCUUCUUUGGAGCCAUGUCCCAUCUGACGUUGGCAGUUUUUCCUUUCUGCUUAGCGUUUGCUGUUCUUUGGGCUUACUAUCACAAAAUAUCUUUUGCUUGGAUAGGCCAAGACAUCCUUGGUAUUGCGCUCAUAGUGACCGUUCUCCAGAUUGUUCGAGUUCCUAAUCUCAAGGUUGGGACGGUUCUCCUCAGCUGUGCCUUUUUGUACGACAUUUUUUGGGUAUUCGUCUCGAAAUGGUGGUUCCACGAGAGCGUUAUGAUAGUGGUUGCUCGUGGUGAUAAGAGUGGAGAAGUUGGUAUACCCAUGCUGCUUAAGAUUCCACGGAUGUUUGAUCCUUGGGGAGGGUACAGCAUUAUCGGAUUUGGUGAUAUUAUCUUGCCUGGACUUGUAGUCGCAUUUUCACUAAGAUAUGAUUGGCUUGCGAAGAAGAAACUCCGAGCAGGUUACUUUGUUUGGGCAAUGACUGCUUAUGGCACAGGCCUACUCAUCACUUACGUAGCUUUGAAUUUAAUGGACGGACAUGGCCAACCAGCUUUGCUUUACAUAGUUCCGUUCACCCUUGGCACAUUUUUGACACUGGGAAAGCAAAGAGGGGAUCUUAAGAUACUAUGGACAAGAGGAGAACCAGAAAGGCCUUGCCCACACAUCCAACUCCAACCCUCCUUUCAACAUUAAAAGAAGAGUAAGUAACCUACCAAGCUUGCAUCAUAACCAACACCCGUUGUAAUACUCCCACUGCUAAUUAAGAAUCACAAAGAACUUAGAGAACGAACCAUUUUCCCUUUCCCUUACCUUUGCCGAGGCUGUAGAUUACUACUUGCAUGUGUAAUUUAUAUAUACCUGUUUUUACAAACUACAUAUGUAUACCUGCACAGAAACAAAGAAAAACACUCUGUUCCCAGCUGCACACUUUCUGCAGUUCUGCUACUUGUGUUAUAAUGAGAUGUUCUUACUGAUAA